AUGACCUCCAUCGACAGUGUCGUCCCGUCCCAGGAUGAGCGGACCACCUCCGCACUGGGAAUGCGAGCAGAUAAGCCUGAACGCUCCUCCCGGUCGUUCCUCGCCCGCGGAAGCCGUAUUCUCCGUCGCCAGGGCAGCAAAAUCAACAUCGUCGCCACGCUGGACGAGGAAGAUGAGAUUGAGAAGCCUCGCCCCGAGAAACAGGACAUGUUUGGCCGUCAUCGAUCGCGCCGUACCGAUCAUCACGAACGAUUGAAGAGCAUCAUCUCUGAUCCAUUCGAUUUCCAUCAUCUCACCCACACUAGCCCUUCUCAAUUCCAGUCCUUGGAUCAAACCCGGGAGAAUGAUCUCGUGACUGAAUUCUCCGUCAUUCGGGCAUCCCAACGACCAGAGGCCGCUCUCAAAGGUAUUCGAGCUGAGGACAUCCACUUCCGCAACUUUUCGGCCGACGAUUUGGCGGCCUUGGGAACUGCCACGACCGUUGACGAACCGGCGCAUCAGAGCCCACCAGGCUCGCCGGCAGCCUCAGGAUCCACGGGUUCCUCGCGACACGCUCGUCGAGAAUCCCGAAUCCAUGAGAACUUCUCCCGCCCGAGUUCCAGGUAUCCCCGAUCAUGCCCAACGACCCCACCACCUCCGGCGGUUCAGGAAGUUCCUGCAGAUGGUGCUGAGCCGGCUCCUCGUGCCAUUGAUGAGAUACUGGGUCUGUCGUCAACACCCACUUACCCGGAAUAUAUUGACUCAGACCGAUCACCCUCGAAUCGCCAGUUCAGUCCCAGCCUAGCGGAUGAUAUGACGGCUCGGACUUCCUCCAUGAGUAGCCAUUAUGACCUGGAAGAUGUGCCAGAAGAGGAGGACGAGGGGACUCGGAUGUGGGACAGUCCCGAUCCUAGCAUCGAAGGCACCCAUUCCCGCUCGGCCUCUCAGAUGAACCCGUCAUUAGACGAAGCCCCCAUUGCAUCCAGGACUAUCGCACCCAAGGCCCCCCUGUCGAUAUUUGUAGCGGAGGAGCUGUCCCGGAAAUUUUCCGAGGCUCUGGGCUCGCCCACGUUACCCCAGAACAUGCCCAACACACCCCCUAAGGAGGAUGUGGAAACUGCCCAUCUGGAGUUGACGCCUCCUUCCGCGGCGUCUGGCGUGCACCAAUUCUCCUACGAUGACGAACUAUAUGAUUCGUGGGAUGCCGAUAUCGACUACUGCUAUGAGCACGCUGCCGAGUCGACCUCGGAUUUUGACUGGUCGCGUACCUCUCUCGAUGAGAACCAACGUCCCCAGAUUGGCAUCGCCUGUUCUGACGAGAACUGGGGUCUCGCUGCUCCAGCCAGAACCCGACACCUCCAGCCCAGUCCUCUGAGUACAUCCACUCUGGCCACACCAGAUCUGGACCCAAGUUCGGCACUGUCGACGCUACCCCACUCGGCUGCGACUCCAUCCUCGACAGAGUAUGAGCGAGAUUUCAUUGCCCGUGAGGCAAGGGACUACUUCCAGCCUGUCAGUUCGUCAAUCCUGCCGUCUGCACUAUCCAAGCAGCUCAACCGGGAUUCGCUGUACGAGGAAUACUUGGCCGCUGACGCCGAAUCAGAUCGGCAUUUUCCCUUGGGUAUCAUCACCCCCGAGGUAAACAACCCCGUUUCCCCGCGCAGCUCCUUUUCUCCAAUCAGCAAAUGCAAUUCCCAAGAGAGUCUCAUGCUCUCUCGCGCGGCGUCCAUUGUUCGCAAGCACCGUUCCUCGGUCUCUACCACUAGCGUGCCGGAGCUCAUCUACAGUUUGUCCAACAGUCGCGAGCUCAUGCCUACCGACCGUCUGAGCACCAGUGAAUCUUUAGCUACUGGGUCGACCACCAGCCGCCCACCUUCGUCGUCCCUGCAUCGCCAGACGAAAAGUCUGGCGGAGACCCACCUGCUGAUACAUUCCGACAGCAAUGGUAGCCUUGCCAGUGCAGAUCUAUCGGCCGCACCAGCUUCGCUACAUGACCGCGCCAGGUCGACUUCCGAGGUUGAUACCCGCCCAGUCAAACUUGACAACGGCCCUUCUUUACCCUCUGUUCCUCCUAAGAACCCCAACCGCAAGAAGAGCAGGACACCCUCCUACUCACUGUUCCCCACCGCCGCCUAA